GCUUGGCGCCACAUUCUCUUGGAAUGCUGUCCGGAAAGUUGAAAAACUUUCGUAAGGAAAUAGAAGAUGUUAAAAAUGGAAAAGAGACAAGUGUUGAAGCUAUUCGAAAAGAUUUAGUUAUCAUCCCGGAUAUAGCUGAUUUAGAUGCACUAGCAUGUCUUCAAAACCUAAAGUCGCUUACGCUUUCACAUAACAAGAUUAUGGAAAUACCCGACGAGAUAGCUACACUUCAGUCACUUGAACAUUUAAAUUUAUUUAACAAUUCACUGACUGUGAUAUCACCGAGAAUUGUGGAGCUCUUAUAUCUCAGAUCCUUAAACCUAGGAAUGAACAAGCUUAACACACUCCCCAGAGGAUUUGGAGCUUUUCCUCUGCUCGAAAUACUCGACCUUACGUACAACAAUCUCAACGAGAAUAGCCUGCCGGAAAAUUUUUUCAAUCUUAUUACACUUAGAGCUCUUUAUGUGUCAGAUAAUGAUUUUGAAAAAAUUCCUAGUGGCAUAGGCCGAUUAAUUAAUCUAGAAAUUUUGGCAUUUAGAGAUAAUGAUCUUCUUUAUCUUCCGCCGGAGAUAGGGAAUCUUAUGAGACUUAAAGAAUUGCAUCUCCAAGGGAAUCGUCUCACUGUGCUACCACCAGAGUUGGGAUCUCUUGACUUAUGUGGACCAAAACAAGUUGCAAAACUUUCUGGAAAUUUGUGGGUUUCUCUUAUUGCCAGUCAAUUAGAAGUUGGGUUGUCCCACGUUUUCGAUUAUAUAAGAUCAGAGUCCUAUAGAUUGAGUUAUCAGCAAGUGACAUGCCAGAAACAUCCGAAAAUUAUCCGUAACGAUUUAUUUCGAUGGUAG